CAGUGUUGGAGUUGAGUACUUUUCUCUGACUCUGCCGCUAUGAGUAAAUUCGAUCACAUUGUGGUUGGAUCAGGGAUUGUUGGAUCGUGGACAGCUCUGUGUUUAAAAAGAUUGGGCAAAAAUGUUCUGCUUGUGGAUCAGUUCGCAGAGCCCAACAGCCGUGGCAGCUCUCAUGGACAAAGUCGUAUUAUCCGCACGAGUUAUGCUGAGAAAUUUUUCGGCGAUCUGAUGCCUUACGCCAUCAAAAUGUGGAAACAGUUGGAAACGGAGACGGGGAAGGAGCUCAUGUUGAAAGCUAGGUACCUGGCCGUGUGCUGCGAAUCCGAUAACAGCUCCUACAACGAAGCCUACAAGAAAAUGCGUACGCUGUUCCCGGAACAUCUGGACGACCUGAGACCGGGGCAGGUGAACAGCCGAUUCCCCGAGACCCUCAAGUACAACGACACCACGAGAGCGUUCAUCGACAAGAGCGGGGGAGUCAUCCUGGCUAUCAAAGCUCUCCUGGCCAUUCAGAGUUUAUACCGCGAGAAGGGAGGAGUUAUGUGGGAGAACUGUGAAGUAGUCAAGAUCAUACCGGAAGGCAGCAACAGCGUGAAACUCAUAACCCAGAAAGGAGACGUACACGCAAAGUCUGUGGUCGUCUGUGCAGGACCCUGGACUAAGAAACUGUUGACACCAGACAUCAUACCCUCCCUACCUCUUCAGCCAGUUUUGGUGCCCGUGUAUUACUGGAAAGAGAAGAAAAAAGGAGCGUACAGUGUGUCUUCAGGUUUUCCAUCUUUCAUGGAUUUUGAUGAACCGAACGUUUUUGCUUUGCCACAGCUUGAGUAUCCAGGGCUAGUAAAAAUAGCCAUUCACAGAGGCGUUCCUUGCGACCCCGACGAAAGAGACAAGACGCCACUGAGCAAGGAAAGGGAGGACUAUCUGAAGCAGUACAUCAAGGAUCAUUUCCCGCUCGCUGAGCCGGAACCCUCCAUCAUCGAACGCUGCAUGUACACAAUGACACCAGACGAAGUUUUCAUCUUGGACCAUGCGCCUAAGCAUAAAAAUAUUGUUAUUGGAGCUGGAUUUUCUGGUACGGGUUUCAAAACUGCUCCCGUCGUCGGCAGAAUCCUGAGCGAGCUGGCCAUUGGAAUCACUCCUUUUCUGAACAUAUCAGUUUUCCGUUUGUCACGAUUCAACAAACAAGGGGAAGGAGAUGGAGAUAUGGCGGUUGAGGAAAAUUUUGAACUAUCUUUCAAAAACCUGAAUUGAAGAAAUGAAAGUGAAGUGAAGAAACAGAUGAAAUAAGCGUUGUUUCUUGACACGGAUGAGAAAUAUUUUUAAAGACUUUUGAUGAAAAUAGAUUUUACAUAGUUUUACAAACAAUCAAUGAACUGGCAAUAAUUUUCCACAAUGUUUUAAUGACGAUGAGCACAAGAAUGUUGUCUGACUGAAGAUAAUUACCUCCAAUUGUUUCGACGUAUUUUAUAUGUACAAAAUUUUAAUUAUUCAAAUAAAAUUUUACUUUGUG